AUGAUCAGAGAUAGCAAGGAGAUGGCUCCUCUCAUGGGCAGCAAGAAAGCAAAUCCGCCGGGGACCCCGCCGACAGCUCCCCAAGAGAAGAAAAGGUAAGGAGCAGCAUCAGGCAAACUGCUGCAAAGACAGCUAAUGGGCAUCUUUGAUAUUUGUGUUGUUUGAGAUUUUCAGAAACAUAAUGGGCAUCUGUUUGGCCCCUGUGAGAACAGGAUGCUGGACUAGAUGGGCCACUGGCCUGAUCCAGCAGGCUGCUCUUAUGAAAAAGGCAAGUCACGCUCUCUUCUCAAGCAGCAGGUCGCCUUUGUAAAUUUGCACCCAAGCUUGCGCAGAUCUAGGCUCCAUCACUAGGAACAGAACUUCCCAAACUUUUCAUGUUGGUGACACACUCUAUAGACCUGCGUCAUUUCGUGACACAGUAAUUCAGUUUUACUAGCAAACCGGAGGUUGAACUAACCCCCUUCCAGCCCUGGGAGGAGCGUGGGGAGCAUUCACACCUCCACACAGCAGCCGACACACUAACGUGUCGCAACACACAGUUUGGAAAGCUCUGAUUGGAAAUCUCACAAGAUGAAUUGGCAACGCAUUUCCAAGGACCGGUGUAAUUUUUAGAGUUGAAGUUACACAACCUUAUAGUCCCCUUGGGGGACUCUUGCUAUAUCACACCCCAUUCCAUGCCCCUUCUUCCCCUAGCCACACCCCACACCCUCCUCUAGCGAUUUUGACUAGCUGAAAAUGUGUCCUUGAAUUCUGAUAAUGCCUCUCGCCUGCUUGGGUGGAGGGGUGUGUGUGUGUGUGUGUGUGUGUGUGUAAAUGUGAGACUAGGGCUGUGAGGGCCCAGGUUUAAAUCCAUACUCAGCCCCAAAGCUCACUGAGUGAUGGGACAAAAUUUUUAAUUCAGCUUAACCUACCUCACAGGGAUGUUGUGAGGUUAAAGGGCGUGAAGCAUCACAAAUUCCUUGGAGGAAGGGUUAUGGUAUUAAUGCAGUCAACAGGAAUGCUUUAAACUCUGCCAUCUGCCAUGGAUGCUUUAGUUGACAUUCCUACAUUGCGUUAGAUUAGAUGACUCUUGGCAUCCCUGACAACGCUAUGAUUCUGUGAAAAUAUACGGUGCUGCCAUUUUGGGUGGGAGCGUGGUGCUGAGUCCUUUCCUCUCUCCCGCCCCCCACAGCAAAUGGGACACUGACACCCCCUGCUUGUUCCCCUGCUCCUGCUUCUGGAGGGGGAAGGUGCACAUUUCUCAUGUAAUGAUGUCAGGAUACAGGGUAUGUUGAAUAUGGCAGUGUUCUUCAGUCCCCAGAUGUUGCUGGACUACAACUCCCAUCACCCCUGACCACCGGCUAAGCUGGUUGGGGACGAUGGGAGCUGUGGUCCAAACAACAUCUGAGUCGGCCCCCACAACCACCAAACUGAAGAACGCUGAAAUAUAGUAUGGAUUUUGGAUGAGCUGGACACACGGCUACCGUUUCAAGCGGCAAAUCCAUGGGUGGCGAUGGCUUUCAACAUGUGCAAAGUUCCACUUUCAGAAGCAAAGGCCUAAGAGACCCACUGGUGGAGGGCGGUGGUGAUGGGUAUAUAAACGAGCUGAACCAUGGCAGAGAGACCUCUUGUAGUUAGGGUUUCUACAACACACUCACCUCAAAGGCCGUGUUUUUUCAGCGGAAACAGUUCCACGCGCUCAGAGGUGACACGCCAGACACUGAGGAACCCCACGAAGCCUGCAGAGGGACAAGGCAGCCCUCGAAAGUUGACCAACCCAGUAGCUGCAUGGUAAAUGUUCCAUUUAUUUAUCACACGUGUACACUCCACCUGUCCUCUGAGGUGCACACAUGGAGUUUCUUUUUCAGCACACCCCAGUUAUCGUCACAACAAUCUAGUGAGGUAGGCUAGGUCAAGAGAGAGAGGGAGGGAGGGAGGGAGGGAAGGAGAGACUGGACCGUGGUCACUCAGGCCACAUUCAUGCCAGUUUAAACCAUCACAGCUUCCCCCGAAGAGCUGUUGUUAUCAGUGCUAUUUUUCUAGAAAAAGAGGUGCCCAAACUCAUCAUGAGAGCUUGUUCUCUUAUCAUGGCAAUGGCGUUCACCUGAGAAGUGUCAGAACUGAGUUCCGGCUGGAAAAAAAGCCCUGGUUUUUUAUGAGACCUCCCAAAUCCCAUAAUUCUCUCUGAAGACGGAUUGAGAGUUAAACCGAGCUGGGAUUGGUAGCUCUGUGAAGGGAAAGGGGUUUUUCAUAACAACUCUCAACACUCUCUCAGCUCCCAAAAUCAUUUGGGGGAAGCUUUUAAAUCUACAGUAUGGUGGCAAGGUGGUCCCUGCAUCUCCAACACAGUCUAUGAUGCCACAUAAGAUCUCUGUAGCCAUGAUGGUUCUGUGAUUCAAGAGGGCCAUCUGCACAUGCUCAGAAUAUUCUCCUUUUUAAAAACCAGGUUUAACCAACUGUGGUUUUUUUGUCAUUGUUUUCUGCGAUAUAUCAGGAAUGCAGAAGCAGUUGUAAAGAAAGGAAUAGCAGCUGAAGUAGGGGAGGGGAGGUAGACAAAUGCGAUUUGUGUGGUUCAUAACUGAAGUUGUACACAUGACAGCACAAAGCAUGAGGGUGUAAGAUGGGUGUAACUCCAGGGUCUAAAAUUACCUAGCUGCACCAUUUGGUAGAGCACAUGGCUUUCCAUGCAAAACGUUGGAAGUUCAAUCCCUGGCAUUGCCAGUUAAAAAGGGAUCUGGUGGCAGGUGAUGAAAGAAACCCAAUUUCUGCCUGACACCCUGGAAAGCAGCUGCCAGUCAGAGCAGGUGAUAAUGGGCUAGAUGCAGAAAUUGCUUGACCUAAAGCGACACACAACUGAAGGCUGCUUCCUGUGUUCCUGACAUCCUUUGCUCUCUUCAGUUCUCAAUCUUCCUUCCUUCCUUCCUUCUUCCUCCCUUUCUGGUUUAAUUAAAUUUGUAUAUAACUUCCCAUUAAAAGGUUCCAUAGUGAUUUACAAGCCACAAAAAAUAGUUUUCACAUGUUCAAUUUUAAACAGAUUUAAUGUGUUUAAACAAUCUGUUUAACAAGAUUUAUUUCAUUCCAUUUAUGAACUGCUACAUCUCUACCCCACCUUGUCCUCCAAGGAGCUCUGGCUUACAUGGUCCUCCCCCUUCUUGUUUAAUCCCCACAACAGCCCUGCGAAGUAAGUUCGGCAGAGAUGCAGUGAGUGGCUCAAGGUCACCCAGUGAGCUUCAUGGCUGAGUGGGCAUUUAGACCCUGGUCUCCCAGGUCCUCGACGGACACCCUAGACACCACACCACAAUAAGUAAUAUCAUUGGCACUGCCUGAACACCCAAGAAAACGAAACAAGUGUUUGGCUAGCAUUGAAACAAUGAUGGUGUUGGUGCCAGGUGGGCCUUCCGAUGAAGAGCAUUCCACAAUCCAUUCUAUUUAAAUCCUGUUUAAAAUUGAGACUGAUGACAAGAUCCGGGAAACUCACAUGCCCGCUCAUGGCUCUGUUGAUGUUGUAACUCGUCUUGAAAUACGUCGAACAGACAAGAUAAAUGCUCGUCACCUCACUUCUAAUCAACCACUCAUAUCCAGCUGUUAGGUUUAAGCCUCCCGCACCAGCCCAAGAAGGCGGGUGUAGCCAAUACACUUUCCUGUCUUCCUGGUGAAAACGGGGUGCGGCCCAAAACAUUCCUAUGGUGUAAGCAACAGGGACCACGUGAGCAGAUUUAAUUGCAAGGAAUGCUCCUCUGUGCUCCAUUUAAUUACAUGUCUCACUGCUUCUUCUGCUGUUGUCCAUCAGGCACCGAUGGGAGGGUUUCUAAAUCCGGAGUUUUGCAGCGCUCUUGAAGUGGGAUGUUUUUAUUCAAUUCGACCCAAUUUGAAGGUUCUGGGAUUGCUUGCGGAUUGGAAUGAUCAGGUGGCUUUAAAAGAGGAUUAGACAAAUUCACGGAGGAUAGGUCAUCAAUGGCUACCAGCCACAAUGGCUGCCUCAAUGGUCAAAGGCAUCUGAAUAGAAGCUGCUGGGAAUUGCAGGCAGGGAGAGUGGCUGUUUUGUUCAGGUGCCGUGUGUGGGCUUCCCAUUGGGGGCAUCAGGCCGGCAACUGUGAGAACAGGAUGCUGGACUGAGUGGCCUCUCUUUGCUCUGGUCCAGCACAGCCGGGCUCUUCUAAGGUUUCAGUGCCUGGAUAGCUCAGUUAGUUAGAGCAUGGUGCUGUUAACAGGUUCGAUCCCCAUACGAGACAGCUGCAUAUUCUUGCAAUGCAGGGGUUGCACUAGAUCAGGCAUCCCCAAACUCGGCCCUCCAGCUGUUGUUGGACUACAACUCUCAUCAUCCCUAGCUAACAGGACCAGUGAUCAGGGAUGAUGGGAACUGUAGUCCCAAAACAGCUGGAGGGCCGAGUUUGGGGAUGCCUGCACUAGAUGAUAACUCUACAAUUCUAUGAUUCUCAUUCCUCUUUUUUGAUGUUGUCUCUCUCGUACCCCUUUACCUGAAAGUACAGGUGGGUUGACUUAGCAAGCCCAUUUUUGAACAGGGAAGAAUAGCAACACACCCAGGAGCAGUGGGAUGUGCCAUCAAAGGGUGAGAAGGCUGUGAUUCGUGGCUGGGUACCUAUGGAUAAUGCCUCAGUCGUUCCCAGAAGGAUCUUCAGUCAUUCAUUUCCCACUUCCUUGUAUAACUAGUAUCAGAGUCAGCCUGCACACAGGCGAUUCAGCUUUCUCUGGCUGUGCAUGUAAGAAGCUGGCAUUAUGCCUGAGCCGAACUAUCUGCCACCUAGCUCAGUGUUGUGUAUGCCAGGGUAGCGAGGCUGUGGCCUUCCAGGUGUUGCCAGACAACAGUUCUCAUAAUCCCUGUCCACUGGGCAUGCUGGCUGCUGGGAGUUGGAGUCCUACAACAUCUGGAGGGCCACCAGUUUCUUUACACUGACUGGCAGUAGCAGCUGUCCAGGAAUUUCAGGUAGGGAGUUUUUCCCAUCGGGAACUGAACCUGCCGCUUCCUGCAUGCAAAGCAGAUGCUCAGCUGCUAAGUUAUGGUGCGUCAUGUGUGCUUUCAAAAUUAAUCGUUGCUAGAGAGCGCUCAGUUGGUAGAGCCUGAGACUCUUAAUCUCAGGGUCGUGGGUUUGAGCCUGUUGCUGGGCAAAAGAUUUCUGCGUUGCAGCGGGUUAGACUAGAUGACCCUCGUGGUCCCUUCAAACUCUACAACUGUAUGAUAUCUGCAGCAUUUUGGAUCCUUUUCUGUACUUCUCCACAUUUACAAGUAGCUGAUUUAACUGCAAGAGUGAUGGGCCAGAACCAGGGUGGGCAGGCUGUCCUCUGCUUGGCUCGCUUGAAUUAAGUGGGAUCCAGUGCCCUAUAUAUUUUGUGGCAUCUGCAGAGCCCCCUAAAACAGCUUUAAAAACUCUUCUUCAAUCAUUCAAACACUGCGGAAGACUUUUUGUGAUUAGCUCCUCCUCCAUGCUCACCAGGCCACGCCCCCACACCUGAGGAGUUCCACGCUGUGUUGUCAAUCACAGCUAAGCUCAGACCUCUGCCCAAUCAGAUACCCUUCCAUGCUCUAAGCAGGCUCCACCCUUUCAUAUGAAGCACUGCUCUUUGAGCUUCCAAGCUCCAUCCUCUGACUCUCAGGAUAAAGCCUUAAGGUGACCUGGCCUCCCCACCCUCACCUGUCAAACUCAGCAGGUCUUGAGCUAGUUAUUUGCUCAGGGUAUUCAUUUGCAUAGUGCAAUCAAAAGGCAUUUCAUUUGACAGAGUAACACAUGCAGUUACAACAGCUGCAACAACAAAAACAUCCCUGCCCUCAAGAGCCUACGGUCUAAAUUUUGACAGUAUACAACUGUAUAUAUAUUCUGUGAUUACACACACACACACACACACACACACACACACACACACACAGUGCUUGCUUUGGUUGUGAUGGAACUCAUCAGGUUGGAGUAUAGUCACCUCUUUUUUUGGCUGACAAAAGCAGCCAUUAUGUGCUUGCAUCCAAGGCACUUUUAUGAAGAUAUGUGCAGUGGUAUCUCAUUUUUUUAGGACACACACACACACACACACACACAGGGGGUGAAAUUCAAUUCAAGAUGCAUUUAAAGCUGGCCUUGUUGAAUUCUCACUUUCCAAAACAAUAAGCAAACUGAAUCACAGCUGUCCUUUGCAAUUUCUCACUUUCCUUCCCAAACUAGGCUAUUUUUGCCACCUUGAGGACUAGAAACUUACCCUUUCUUGUUUUUCUAUUCAACCCCCAACUCUGGCUCCAUACUAGCCUAUCUUUGCCACCUUACUGACUAGGAACUUGAGGAUACUGAGUCCAGUGGUAAACUUUACACACUGAUGCAGGGCUUGAACAGAAGUAAACAACACUCAGGGCUGUUAUCCUCAUCCUGCUCCCAAGAAUCACUGUGCACAAUGCACUGACAUUUCUGCUUUCAAUGGCUGCUAUUGCCAUUGCUUUUAAACUGAUCUUAGCAAAAUGUAAACAGCUUGUUCCACCCCACCUUGCCUCUCGGGGCUUUCCAAAAGCCGCUGUGCUACUGUUUUCUGGCAGGAGACUGAUGUUCCCUCGGCUUUCUCUCUCUCUCCUCCCCAUCCCAUCCCUCUGUUCUAUAAACACCCACAUUUUUGUGUGUGUUGUGUUUUGCUGUGUAAGCCCAGAGAAAUGUGUCACACGCUGGCUUUGGAAUCUGCCCACAGAGGCCCAGAGCGUGGGAAUGUGGGGUGUGAGCUUCUCACCCUUGGAGACAAGGCACUAAAUUCAGAGCAAAGGGGGAGAAAGGGCUUCACCAGUUUGACCUGGAGGCAGUUCUCAGUUGACUUACUCCAAAAGCCAUACGGCUGAUGGAUUUGUUCCAUUUAUAGGUGGCAUUUUCAUCUCACCGUUUUACAAAUGUUUAAUCUUUGUUGUUGCAUUUAUUCCUGAUGUUGUUAGCCGUCUUGGGCUAUUUUUAGGAAGGUAGGGCAGGCACAGCCCUCCUAAAUAUAUACCAUAUUUUUCGCUCUAUAAGACGCACCAGACCACAAGACGCACCUAGUUUUUGGAGGAAGAAAACAAGAAAAAAAAUAUUCUGAAUCUCAGAAGCCAGAACAGCAAGAGAGAUCACUGCGCAGUGAAAGCAGCGAUCCCUCUUGCUGUUCUGGCUUCUGGGAUAGCUGCACAGCCUGCAUUUGCUCCAUAAGACGCACACACAUUUCCCCUUACUUUUUAGGAGGGAAAAAGUGAGUCUUAUAGAGCAAAAAAUACGGUACAUUUCUACCCCAUCUUUCCUUUAAGUCGCUCAAAGCAGCACAUAUGCUGUGUGCUCCUCCUUUUUAUUCCCACAACAACCCUGUGAGGUAGGCUAGACUGGAAAUUAUGAGCAUGGAACAGAUAUGCUACCUUGGCUCAUAAGAUAGCCAGGUGCUGUCUUGCCCUGUUAAAUUUAUUAAUUUUAUUUUUAAAACAACCUUCAAUGUUAAUUUAUUGCCCCGCCUUUCCUCCAAGGAGCACAAGAUGGUUGUUUCUCCUCCCCAUUUCCCUAUUCUGUCCCCACAACAACCCUGCAAGCAGUUUAAGCUGAGAGUCAAUGAACUGCCCCAAAGCCACCAAUGAGCUCCCUGGCUGAGUAGGGAUUUGAAUCCAUCACCCUAACCACCAUACCACACCUGUACUGCUCCGGCGGGAAGGUAAACGGCGUUUCCAUGCGCUGCUCUGGUUCACCAGAAGCGGCUUACUCAUGCGGCCACAUGACCUGGAAGCUGUACGCCGGCUCCCUCGGCCAGUAAAGCGAGAUGAGCGUCGCAACCCCAGAGUCUGGACCUAAUGGUCAGGGGUCCCUUUACCUUUACCUUUAACCACCCCAAAAAACUUCCUCAACCUCUAAUGACAGCUGAAACACUGGGCUUGUGGCCUGUUUGUACUACCUGCUUCUUGCAGAUAUGCAGGUGAAGUGGAUGGGUUGCAAGCAGGCACAUUCCACAGCCACACAUGUUUCUAGUCCCCAGUGUUCCUUCUUGCCAGCUAGCUCCAGGGGGUGGUGGGUGGGGAAUCAAACUUGUUUCUCUUUUGCUGGCUAGACUCAAAACCUGACUCUGUUUUUCCCCCUCCUCUUUUGGAACACCCCCUCUCUCAGGCAGAUCACUGGUCUCAUCCCCCUCUUUGGCUGGUAGGUAUGACCCACAUUCCAAACUGACCUCCUUAACAAUUAUUGCUAGCAUUUGUUUAUUCAGUUAUUGUAUUCUCUCAUAAACGCACAAAUCCUUUGGCUUCUCUGAAAGAUACCUAUGUGGAUUUUUAAAUUUUAUUUUUGGUCAAGCACGGAUUCAAUCAGUGGUGCUGUUAUGUAAUUUUACAGUAUAAUCCUGGGGGCUGGGAGUGGGGAGACCUAUUUAGAAGGUAUUGCCAGCCCUGGUAUGCUUGGGGGUCAUCCAUUAAACCCAUCCAUUAAAAAUGCCAGCCCUGGUAUGCUUGGGGGUCCUAUUGCUGAGUGGGGCCACUGACAUCUGCCUGAUAGCCCUACCUGAUUUUUUAUUUAGGUGGAAGUGACAACAUAAAGGGUUGAAAAGCGGGUGCUUAAAUUUGCAACAAGCUCUCUGAUUCAGGGUGGAAAACCCUUUUUAAGACCAAGGGCCGCAUUGCCUGCUAGCCAACCUUCCGAGGGCCACUUGCCUGUGGUGGGCGUAGCCAGAGACAAAACUUGGUGGAGCAACAGGUGCAUUUUUCACCUUUAUGUAGUAGGUUAGUUUCUACCCACACGGAAACGCCCCACACUCUAUCCUUCAUCCAGACAAGCAAGAGGCAUUAUCAGAAUUCAAGGACACAUUUCCAGCUGGGCAAAAAACAUUCAAGGAAGGUGUGAAGCAGGGCCAAAGGUCCAUCUAGUGCAUCAGUCUGAUUGGUCAACCAGUGGCCAAUCAGAUGCCUCCAAGAAGACACCAAGGAGGGUACAAAGCCAACAGCCCUCCCCAUGUUGUUGUCCUCAGGAUUUCAUAAUUAGAGGUAGACUGCCCCUGUGUGUGGAGGUCCCACAUAUAUCUGCCAUGCACCAGUGCAAAGCUUUUUUUUCAUUGCCCCUCUGGAAAAUGAAACACAUAUGGACAGGGGGGUGGCUGCUAGGCCUGUCGCUCUCUGUUUUUGCCCUCCUACUAAUAAUAGCUUCGAUCCAAUGUAUUCAGCAGUUCCCACUUUUUUCUCGAGAUUGAAGCCUUCGACACCAAUGUCACACCAAGCCGGACGUCACCUCCCGUCUUCUCAAAGCCGAUGGACUCCAAUAUCCGCCCGUGGUACGUACCAGAUAAGGCGCUUGUUUCCCUCACGUUGCCUGGAAAAGGCACCGUCGGGCUUCCGCAAUGCUGCUCACCAGGGCGAAUGCAAGAUAGCCCCCUGGCAAGCAUCACAAGCAAAAAGCCUUCUUCCCAGCUUCCCAGCCUUGUCACCCUUAGGGAAGAGAGGUAGGGUGGGGUAGGGGUGGGGAGGUUUGCUUGAGCUGUUGCUCUGAGGCUCAGCAGCAGGCCCACCUAUCAUCUACUCCACCAUCCUAAGUGCCACUUUGACAGGUGGGCAGGACUGCCCACAUGUCAGUCACAUGACUUGCUGCCACAGGAGGCAGGAAUGGCCAUCCGUUUUGCCCCGUAUAAACAUUUUUGUUAUGGCACUCCUUGUCUGAAGGCUACAAAUUAAGUCUUAGUCGCCAAUUAUAUUCAUUCUAGAUGCUUUUGUUUCCUGAUUUUCCUGUGUAAUUGCAGCUGAUAUUCUUCUGACCUUAAUUUUUUUUUCUUCCCACACCCUCUUUUUUUGCGUCCAGUGCAUCUGCAAAUUGCGAAGAUAUGGACUCCCCACAGUCCCUCCAAGAUGACAUGACUGAAUACACCCCAAAUGCAGACAGCUAUUGGUGAGUGAACACACGUGAUGCAUUUCUGCACAGGGGUUUUCUAUAGAUUCAGUGCUGACACGGGUUAGAUUUACUGAGAUCUUCCUCUCCUUCCCACUGGUGUGGUCUAAAAACCAAAGCCACCAGGCUAGAUAUCGAUUUGGAUGUGCCUUUAGGAAUGAUUGCCAAUCAAAUAAAUUUUGUAGAUGUUCUUAAACACAUUUAGAUGCUUUUAACUGUUCUCAAGUGCUUAGUAUUUAUAUUUAUCUUACUUUUAAUUGUAUUGUUUUACCACUUUGGUGUUUGCUGCCCUGGGCAACUCUGGAAGGGCAAGAUGGAAAUAAAAUCACCAUCAUCAAAAACAAAAUGUAUAGCAAACAACUUAAUAGAGAACAGGAACCAGAUGAGGUCUGAUGCAGACUUAUCAUUUAACCCUGGUUCACAUCCUAAACCCAGGUUCUUGCUGAAGCUUGCUCAGCUAAGUCCUUAAUGCUAUAUACAUAUACAGUAGCUGGACAAAUAGGAAAUGGUUUUAAACUUACCAAGCUACAAGCAAAGCCCUUUACCCAAACGUAGUGUGCAUCCAAGUAUCUAGAGCAUCUUGCACAAAUUAUCUUAUCAGCGCUACAAGGUGGAACAGUAUUAUUAUCUCAUGUUGCAAAUACAGGGCAGGCUUACCGUAAGAGAAUUUGCAGCUGAAGAGAGAUUUGAAAUUCCCGGCUGAUCUGCAACCAUUUCUCUGCUUCCAUGUCAACAUUCUUCUGCUUUUAAUCCAGCACUAAUUCAUCUCAAAGCGCUCGGCAAAACAACCGUCGGAAAAAGUUGAAGAAGUAUCUGUUUCGGGCAGUGUCAGAGGGCAAUAUAGAAGAACUCCAGCACCUCCUUGCCGAAGUGAAGGAUCGGUCCCAUGCCUGCAGAAACCUGACAGUCCAAGGUAUUCAGAAAUUAAAUUAAAAUUAUACCCAGCCCUUCUUCCCAAAGGAGCCCAGAGUGCCAAACAUAUCAAUAAUAAGAUGCACUUAAAAUGUCUAAAAACAGUUUUGAAAAACAAACUUCUAAAAACAGUUAAAGGCUUCUAAAAACCAAGACCUACUCUCACAGCUAAUAAUUUAUGGGUUGCUAGGAAUAGUGUCUUUUGGCUAUCGAAUGGCUGGUGGCAGGGAAGGCCACCAUAUUGAAUGGCUCUAAAAGUGAAUUAGACAAAUUCAUGGAGAAGUCUGUCAAUGGCUAUUAGCCGCAAUUGUUAUGCUGUGCGUCUAUGGUCAGAGGCAGUACAGUGGUACCUCGGGUUACAUACGCUUCAGGUUACAGACUCCGCUAACCCAGAAAUAUUACCUCGGGUUAAGAACUUUGCUUCAGGAUGAGAACAGAAAUCGUGCAGCAGCGGUGCAGCGGCAGCAGCAGGAGGCCCCAUUAGCUAAAGUGGUGCUUCAGGUUAAGAACAGUUUCAGGUUAAGAACAGACCUCCAGAACGAAUUAAGUUCUUAACCCAAGGUACCACUGUAAUGCUUUUGAAUGCCAGUUGCUGGAAAACCACAGGAGGGGAGAGUGCCCUCAUGCUCGAAUCCUGCUUGUGAGUUUCCUCACAGGCAUGCAGGUGGCCACAGUGAGAACAGGAUGUUGGACUAGGUGAUCCUGCUUUCGUUCUUCUGUUUUAGAUUCUCCCUAAAAGAUAAUAAGGAAGGAGACAGACACACCUCACUAGGAAGGGUGUUCCACAAAUGGGGAGCCACCACCAGGAAAGCCCUGUCAAGGGUCACUGCCAACUGGGCACCCCCACCCAGUGGUGGUAGUUUAAAGGAUGGUAGAUUUUGCUCAUACAUUAGAGAAAACGUCUUAAUGGCAAGAGCAGUUAAUUAAUAGAACCAGUUACCUAGAGAAGCAGUGCACUUUCCCUUGGUAGGGCUCUUGAAACUGAAGAUGGGUAGCCAUCUAGUGGAAAUCCUUUGGAUUUCCUGAACUUAGCAAGAAACCUAUAAUGGCCUCCCUCCAAUGCUAGGAUUUUAUGUAAGCACUUGCUUUAAUUACUACUACUACUACUACUACUACUACUAUUAUUAUUAUUAUUAUUAUUUUGCCAGACUAUCUGAUGAAAAAAAUGACCUCUUCUGACACAGGCAAGACCUGCCUAAUGAAAGCCUUGCUAAACAUCAACGAGAACACAAAGGAAAUUGUGAAAAUACUUCUCUCAUUUGCAGAAGAAAACCUGAUCUUAGAAAGACUCAUCAAUGCUGCAUACACAGAAGAGGCCUAUAGAGGUACAGUAUUUGUGCUUUGCGUUCAAACCUGAAAGAAUAUUGUGAUGAGUAUCCUAGAACUUAUUCCCCUAUGACGUACUUGCUCCCCUCAUCACACCAUAACUUUGGACUAUAACAUACAAUGCAACUGAAUGUUGGAAGAUUCAGGGCGGACCGUAGAAUUGGCUCCUGGAAGAGACAGCGAUGGCCACCAACCUGGGGGACUUUAAAAGAGGAUUAGACAAGUUCAUGGAGGACAGGGCUAGCAAUGGCUACUAGCCAGGAUGGCUAUGUCCUGCCUCCACCAUUGGAGACAGUAUUGCCUCUGAAUAUCAGCUCUAAAUCGGGACGCGGGUGGUGCUGUGGGUUAAACCACAGAGCCUAGGACUUGUUGAUCAGAAGGUCGGCGGUUCGAAUCCCCACGACGGGGUGAGCUCCCGUUGCUCGGUCCCUGCUCCUGCCAACCUAGCAGUUCGAAAGCACGUCAAAGUGCAAGUAGAUAAAUAGGUACCACUCUGGAGGGAAGGUAAACGGCGUUUCCGUGCGCUGCUCUGGUUCGCUAGAAGCGGCUUAGUCAUGCUGGCCACAUGACCUGGAAGCUGUACACCGGCUCCCUCGGCCAAUAAAGUGAGAUGAGCACCGCAACCCGAGUCGGCCACGACUGGACCUAAUGGUCAGGGGUCCCUUUACCUUUAUCAGCUCUAAAUCUCCCCUAAGUGGGGACACCCUAAUUUCAGGCUCUCCACAGGCAUCUAGUUGGACACUGUGAAAACAGGAUGCUGGGGUAGAUUGGGUUUCUGAUGUGUACCAGCCAACACUUCUGGAUCCUUAUGUUCUAAUGCAUACUGUUAAGUGAUGGGAGAAGGGAAUGGAUCAGGUUUAUAAAUACUCAAAAAGAUGUUUCCAAUCUGCAAAGCAGGUGCAAAUGCCGUUUUAGCAGAAACAAGACUAAAUAUCAGUGGGUAGGAUGCUAGGGUGACAAAUUAUGGAAUUGCAGAAUGAGAUUCACAGAAUUGUAAGUUGGAAGGGGCCCAAAGGAUCACCUAGUCCAGGGGUAGUCAACCUUUUUAUACCUACCGCUCACUAAUGCAUCUUUCUUGGUGGUAAAAUUUCCUUACCACCCACCAGUGCUCAAUGGGAGGAGGAUUCAGCUUGUGCCUUAGAACCCCCUACCGCCCACCUAGAAUCCUGAAAGGCUCACUAGUGGGCGGUAGGGAUCAGGUUGACAACCCCUGAUCUAGUCCAAGCUCCUGCAAUGCCCAUAGCUACCCCUGGGUGGGCUUGAACCACCAACCUUCUGGUUCGCAACCAGACACCCUGGCCCAUUGCACUACCUGAGGUACAUGUGUUUCUUUGUUCUGCAGGACAGACAGCUUUAAACAUUGCCAUUGAGAGACGGCAAUAUGACAUUACUCAGACCCUGAUCGAGAAAGGAGCAGAUGUGAACGCCCAUGCACAAGGCAUCUUCUUCAAUCCUAAACACAAGCACGAAGGUUUUUAUUUUGGUAAGCGAAUGCAGGAGGCCAGCUGAUGCAAUGAUGCCAUGGGAACAGGGGUGGAUGAAUCUGUUUUCGUUUUCUCUCAAUUUACCAGUUUCCCAAUCUUUAGUUCGUUUCUCGACAUUUCUCCUAAAUAAUUGCAAAUUUUGAAAAGUCCUCGGGAAAAUUCAUCCGCACCUUUAGUGCAAAUUUCUCCUAAGAUACACAAACUAGUGUGCAGUUUUGCCUGGUAUCCACAUGUUUUGAUGUUUGCAUCAGGAGGACCCCCCAUGUCCUCUUCCCCACAUACAGAUGGAGAAAUUUGCUUCAGCUUGCAGCCAAAUGCAUACCUAGCCCACCAGCACUUUUUGAAGCAAUAUGUGAGUUGAAGCACACCUAUCCUUUGAAAUUUGCAAUUCUCUGAAUUUUGCAAUGCAGAUUUCCAACCAAGCAAUGUAUACAAAAGCUCACAUAUCUUAGGGGGAAGUGUGUGUAAAAAUGCAAUUAUUAGUAAAAACAACAUAAAAACUCUGCAUGAAAUUGCUUGUAUAAAUGUGUAUGUCAGGCAAAAGGCUACACAUAAAAGUGUGUAUAUUAGGAGAAAUUUGCACCGAAAGGCUACUAAAUUCUCAAAAUGACUUUAUAAAAUAUGAAUAAAUCACAAUCUGGUGUGGAAAUGUGAAGCAUUGGAAAAAUGAGAGACUGAGAACUGCCCCUCUGAAACUGACAGAUCUGUACAUCCCUAAUACCAUUAAAUUAAAAAUAUAAAGAGCAACAAACAACUACAAUGAUGCAUUAUUUCCUCAGGAGAGACACCCCUGGCGUUAGCUGCCUGCACAAACCAGCCAGACAUUGUCGAGCUAUUAAUGAACAACAGCAAGACAGACAUCACUUCCCAAGAUUCGAGGGGGAACAAUAUACUCCAUGCCUUGGUGACAGUCGCAGAAGACUUUAAGACGCAAAAUGACUUUGUGAGGAAGAUGUACGACGCCAUCCUCUUGAAAAGCAAAAACCGGGAUUUGGAGACGAUGAAGAAUAAGGACGGUUUGACGCCUCUGCAGCUAGCUGCGAAAACUGGGAAGCUGGAGGUAAGCCUGACUUGGGAAGCAAAGGAGGAAAAAGAAGGAGACCCUGGCAGGUGGUAUCUUAUGAAAUGCUGGAAAUACGUGGAUGUUUUUUGGGUAGACCAGGAAAACCUGUGGUCCUCCAGAUGGUUUUGGAUUCCAUUAGCAACUGCAGGCAUGGCCAGUGGUCAGGAAUGAUGGAGUCCAGCAACAUCUGGAGGUCCAGUGGUCAGGAACCUCAGGCCCAGGACCCAAAUAUGGCCCACUGUCUGGCCCUCAUAACCCUUUCCAGGCCACACCAUUACCAGCGCUGCUCCACACCCUCCAUGAAUGCUUUUGUCUGGCUGGAACAUGUCCCUAAACUGCAAUAAAGUCUCUUGCUUGCUUGCAAACAGGAUGAGGAGAUAUGUGGUGUGUGUUUUCUGGUGUGUGUGUGUGUCUUGUAUGACUGGAAUGUAGCGCAUCUAUUUUGUUGCCUCUCGUUCCUGCCUUCUACUGGCAUGCGGCCCUCAGAAGGUUGCCUGCAACACAUUGUGGCCCUCAGGCUGCUGUAGAUUCUGCAGCCAUUUUGGACUUCACUGGGUAGGAGCAACAGGAAGAGAGCCAAGUUUAGUUUUCAUUUGGUUGCAACAACAGAGGGAGGUGGUACAGCAAUAUGCUAGUUAUGCAAUGUCUGUGGGAGCUUAGCAGCCACUGCCAGACUUAAUGAAUGCGGUAACAGCACAGUAUGCAAGAUUAGAUCUGAGCCAGAUCUCAUAACUUAGUCCCAUCAGAUGUUCCCCAACAAAUGGUAGACUGCCUCUGAAUGUGGAGGUAUCACAUAGCCAUCUGGACUAAUAGUUGAUUAUGAUUUAUUUUUUAUUUUUUAUUAGUCAGUGGGAGACUUUUAACUUCCUCACAUAUCUCCGUUUUGGUCCAUUAGAUUCUGAAAUACAUUCUCAGCAGAGAAAUCAGAGACAAGCCAAACAGAAGCCUUUCCAGGAAAUUUACUGACUGGGCUUACGGACCCGUGCAGUCUUCCCUGUAUGACUUGACAGAACUCGACACCACCUCGGAGAAUUCCUUGCUGGAUAUUAUUGUCUACAAUACAAAUAUUGGGGUAAGUUCGUGCACCCUUUUUUAAAAAAAAGUGUUGCUUUAGGAAUCCUACAUACCAACAGUGAGUUCAGUUUUCCAAGCGUCAAUCUAUAUUUAGCCCAAAUGGCAGCAUCUAUGCAAAAGAGGAUGGUAACAUCAGACGUGGGGCAGGAAGGAGCUCCAAGCUUUGCAGAAAAACACUUUUUUUUUGGGGGGGGGGAAUCCUGCAAGGAAGAGAGAAACUCAAAAUUAACCCAACAACAACUGGACGUGCCCAUUUGCUAUGGAAUCCUGAGCAUCUGCUAGGGCUGUGACUGUGGCAGGGGCAAGGAUAGAAAAUGGAGAGUGGAUGGAAUGGAGUACCCCAGAAUGGACACUGCUGACUGGCUGGCUGGAUUCUUGCAAAGUGGGGUUGUUUGGGGGGGGUAUUACAUGGAACAAUACAAUUAAAACAAAUCUCUCUGUCACACACACACACACACACACACACACACACACACACACACUUCUAACUAGAGCUCACACUUGCUUUUACUAUGCCUUGAAAAGUUCUACAUAAAUAAAAUAAAAAACAGCCUUUCCUAUUCAUUCACCAACAUAGGUUGUUUCUAGGACACAUCAGCAUUAGCCAUCCUCAGAGUAGACCCAUUGGAACUGACGGACAUGACUAAUUUAGGUCGCUUAAUUUUAAUGGGACUACUCUGAGUGGUCCUUAGCUGGAUACAGCCCACAGCAUUAACCCACCAUCAUAUAUCACAUUGUUAAAAUUAAGCCAGUCCUUAAGGCCUGCAGACACCUGGGUUCAAAUCUUCACCCGGCACACCGGUUGACCUUGGACCAGUCACAGUCUUUCAGCUUAAUCUGCCUCACAAAUCAGGUGUGAGAACAAAAUGAUGGGGAAGCGGGAAACAUGUAUGGCGUCUUUGAGCUCCUAGGGAGGAAAAACAACAUAUAAAAGAAAGGAAUAGCUAUAAUAAAAUAGGCUCCCCAUUAGUUAAUCAACUAAGGCAUUAGUUGAUUAAUCUACCCAUUGAACGCUUUCAGUUCUCCUGCUCCAGGCAAGGCUCUGCUGGGAUUAACUGUUUGUAUAACCGCAGGCUUGACAUCUUCCACCGUCUGUUUCCAUGCACCAAAGAGCUCAUUAUUUUAUUCUCUAUCUGGUCACGAUGACCCCCCGGGGGGACUGACUCCUCUUGUCUUCUGCAGAAUCGCCACGAAAUGUUGGCAUUGGAACCUCUGCAUUCCCUGUUGCGCAUGAAGUGGAAAAGGUUUGCCAGACAUGUGUUCUUUGUCUCCUGCUGUUUAUACUUCAUCUACAAUGUGUUGCUGACGUUGAUCUCCUACUACAGGCCUCAAGCAGAAAUGGUAAGGUGUUCCCCCCUCCAAAAAAAUGCCCCACUGUUUCUCCCAUUUUUCUUUGUAAACUAUAUAGCUGUUAAAUAUGCAGUGAUGGUCCUCAACUUGGGUGGCUUUAAAAGAGGGUUAGAUAAAUUCAUAGAGCAGAAAGCUAUGUAUCAAUGGCUAGUAGCCACAAUGGCAACCUUCCACCUCCAUUGCUGGAGGCAGUAAAUGCCUCUGAAUGCAUCACAAGUGGGGAGAGUUGUUCUUGUGGGCUUUGGGGCAACUGGUUGGCCACUGUGAGAGCAGGAUGCUGGACUGGAUUGGGUCCCCUUUGGCCUGAUGUAGCAGCCAGACCCUUCCAAUGUUCUGAAAGCUUUGAGUGAAGAUUUCACACCUCAGCGCUAUACACUUUUUAUGGGCCAGCACCUGCCCUCCAAUUCCUUGAAAGUUUUCUUCUUCUGCAAAAAAUGCUUUUUUGUUUCUCUACCUCAUUCACAGGGCACUUUAGCUUGUAUUUAUAUUGUUGUGUGCACGGUUACUGUUGUUGCUAUUUAUGAAUUGCCUUGUGCAGAUGUCCCAAGGUGAUAUACAAAACAUGACAAAAACAGCUAAAAAACCAACAGAACAUGAAUUUAAAAACUAGUAGCCACCCAUGGCAGAAACGUUUCCAUUCAGUGUUGAGGUUGGAACAAAAAUGUUCUCAGUUGUUUCUGGAAAGUGCAGGUGUGGACUCCCGUCGUAUCUCGAUGGGGAUGCUGUUCCGCAGAACAGGGGCAGCCAAAAAGCUCUGCUCUGAGUGAUCUGUGCAGUGGGCUUCCAAGAGCUUUGAAACCUGAAGGAGAAAUUCUCCUGCUGGCUGAUGGUUGGGUGGCGUCAUGUACGCCUCCUUCCGGCAACUCCUGCAGCCAAGCUGGUGCCCAAAGUCUUGCUCUGCUUUCCUUUGGGCCACACCAGUGAGGCUGAGAGUGUGGUCUUAUUCUGUGGGCAGCCCAGGACCUCCAUACACACUGCCCAGGCUUGUGCCUUGGGAAGGUCGCUUUGGUGCUAACACAGCAGUUUGACUUCACUCCCAGAGGUGUACUUCAUUGUCUCUUGAGACAGACAGAUGCCAACAACAUAAAUAAAGGGGAUUAGGUUGAGCUUACUUCAUCAUUGUAAGGGGCAGUCAUGUAUGCUUUCCUUUUCAUUAAGUGUUUCUCCAGCACUCUGAAACCUCCCCAGAUGCCCACACUUCCUGGUCUGAAAAGGCGCCAUGACCACUUUCCCUAUCCUAACUUCAUGACAUCAUAUGCACCGCAACUUGUUGGAAAUUUGAAAAUUAGGAUGUUAAAUAAUGGAUAUAGAUUCAGUCCUGGGAUCAUCCUGAAUUUUUCUCUCUCCUCUGUCUUGUUUUCAGGCUCCACCAUAUCCUCUGAGUUUGACUGAUGACCUCAGCUGGCUCCAGCUGACAGGACAAGUGACAGUGAUGCUGGGGGCCAUAUUUAUAGCAAUUAAAGAGGUGAGAUUCAAUUGUUGUUGUUGUUUGCUUUUUAAUGUAAAAUCAAAAGUACAAACAAAUCAAUCAAAAUGAUGAGAUAUCGGAGCAGUACAGAGAUUGUAUUUUCCAUAUAUAUAUAAAAAUAAAAGCAGCAAAACACACCAUGAUAGCCAAACUGCGUGGUUUGGGGGAAGAGUUUUGUACAUCUGGAUCUGACACUUCAGAAAUUAAAUCCAGUGUUAAAAUAUUCCAGGUCCUCUUCAUCCUUAGAAUUGCAUAAUUUGUGAGUUAUUUUCUCUGCAAUAGUCAGAGUCCACAUUCUUGUACCACAAGAGCUCUAUGUCCUGUAGUGUCUUCAAUUUCUGGGCCAAAUAAGUUGUUAUGAAACUUUCUGUGCUCUCUCAUUCAGUCCAACCCAAGACAUUUUGCUGUCUGAGGCACAGCUCAAAGGGCACACUUCCUCCUUUGGGACCAACACUUUAAAAAGUCUUACUGCCCCAUUCAGGCUGUGAUCCUUAGCUGCCUGACCAGAAGUACACCCUGCUGAACUUCAUGAGAUUUACUUUUGAAUAUAUAUGUAUAGGGCUGUGCUAAUUCUUGCCUUCAUCUGUUAGGUUGUAGUGCAGCUACAUGGCCUACCACUGUCUCUGUAAGCUGCUGUGUGUUUGUGUCAGUUUUAUAGAUACAUCCUAAAAGUAAAAUGAAUGGUUUUGGGAGGAGAGACCUGUGGUCCUCCAGAUGUUGCUAGGCUACAACUCUCAUUGCUCCUGGCUGCUCCUUAUGCCUGUAACGGAUGCAUUGGUCCAUCCCUAGUCACUGCUUUGUGUGUAUGUGUGUUUUGUUAAUGUUUUGUUUGGCUAUUUCUACCUGCAGAGCGUAGCUAUCUUCCUGCUCAGGCCUUCAGAUCUCCAAUCAAUCCUAUCUGACGCUUGGUUCCAUUUCGCAUUGUAAGUCAUGCAUAAGAAUGCAAACGAUUACAGCUCUGAAAUAACAUCCAGUCUUUCUCCGCUAAGUGGCUCAUGGGCAAUGCCUCUCUUUAACUCUGCCCUUAGCUCUUUUCUAAUCUCUCUGCCAGCUCUUGAUGUGAUUUAGACAUAUAAAUGUAUAUGCCAUUUAAGGUCAAAUGUGUUCCUGGUGCCAGGGCGGCUUUUAAGAUGCUUAAUACUAGCAUCUUAAAAGGCUGUGCUGUAAUUAUGAAUGGGAGAGAAAUUCGAUUGUUUGCCUUGAAAGGCCAUCCUACCUAAUUCACGCUUUCUGAUACAAUAUGCAAACUGAAGCAGAAGCCACCCUCUGAAAUCCUCACUCCUCCAGAUUUCCUAAUGCAGUUCUUCAGCAAAGGAUUGUGUGCAAAAAUGCAAAUACUAGGAAAAAACAGGCAGAAAAAAGCAUGUGCUGGAGAAAAUAACUUACAAAUACGCAUUAUAUGGGGGGAAUUGCAUGCAAAAAUGCAUCUAUUUCAGGAAAUUUGCACUAAAAUGCAGGUGGAUUUCCAUGUGGACUUUACAAAAUAAUAAUCACAACGUAGAAAUGCAGAGAAUUAAUUUUAGAAUGGAAAAUUAGAAACUGAAAUUGACAAAUGCCCCCCAUCCUUAGUAGUUGUAACAUACCCACGUCAAUAAAGCCUCUACCUGAUUCUUAAUUGUCCAGUUUUCCUCACAAAUGCAACUUUUUCCCUGUUGUGUCUUGACAGUUUUAUACAAGCAGUCUUGGUUGUCUUCUCUGUCUGCUUGUACUUCUUCUCCUACAAAGAACACCUUGCGUGCCUCGUCUUGGCCAUGUCCUUAGGGUGGGCCAACAUGCUGUAUUUCACCCGGGGUCUGCAGUCCAUGGGAAUCUAUAGUGUGAUGAUCCAGCAGGCAAGUAUGCCCUUCCAAGUUCCAUUCUAUAUUUGAUUGUGGCUGUCUGUCCACCAUCUCCAGAACCCUGGUCUCAAAAGUGCUCGUCCUUCAGAAGGGCAGCUCCAUUGCUGCAUGAGCUGCUGCAUGUCCUUACUGUUACUUUUUGUAUUAAGGAACUUGGCCAUAACCUUGGCUCUUCUAAUGCCCAUUUUUCCUUCUUUUGAAACAAAGCAGCCUGUUUUUGAGGGAAGUGCAAGAGCAGCUCCUGCUCUGCAUGCAGGAGUUCAAUCCCUGGCAUCUCCAGGCAGGAUGGGGAAAGAUUCCCUGCCUGAAACCAUGGAGAGCCAUGGAGAGCCACAUUUGAUAACACAGAGAUAGAUAGAUGAUGGCUAUGCUCUGCCUCUAUUGGGCACACCAUAGUUGCCUUUGACUGGGCUUAACCGUCCGGGGGUCCUUUUCCUUUACCUGCAAUUGGAAGGAGGCGGGAGAGCUCUUGUGCCCGGGUCCUGCUUGCUGGUUUCCCACAGGCAUUCUCUGGGUGGCCACUGUGAGAACAGGAUGCUGGACUAGUUGGGCCAUGGGCCUGAUUCAGCAGGCUCUUCUUAUAUUCUUAUGGAGCAAUGGUCUGAUUCAGCAUAAGGAUCUCUGAAGCACAUCUUAAUGCAGACAAAAAGAGAGAGCCAGUUUUGUCUUCACAAUGUAUCAGCAUCCAGUAAAAGUGCUUUUGGGGUCAGCUUUCCAAAUGCAUAUAGACUGAACACACUGAUGCUGAUAACUUGAACUACUGAAAGAGGUAGAGCGGUAACAUGGAGAGUUUUGAGGUUCUAAUUAACAUGCCAUUGUGUUUUCCUUUUCCUUUUAUAGGUCAUCUUGCAUGACGUGAUAAAGUUUCUAGUGGUGUACAUUGUAUUUCUGCUCGGAUUCGGUGUAGGUAAGCAGAAAUUGAUGGUUAUUAUAGGAGGGUGGCAGUAUCUUAAAAACAUUUUGCAUAGCUGGGAUGGUGAGCUAUCUAAUCUUUGCUGGACUAAGCCUGCAGGACUCAUGGCCCGCCUAGGUAAACACAGCCCUGCUCUGUCCAACAAAGCAUUCAGUGAAAUGUGUAAGCUUGCAUCCUCUUAUUGUACCAAUAUAUGAUUUGGAUCUUCCACAUGGCAGUUCAUGCGGCCAAGUUGUGUCGUUUCCACAGAAAAUCAUCCUAACACUCUGCCCCAUGUUAUUUCUCCAUUGAACCCAGAUGUACCAAUUCUGCAGAAAAUGCAACAAGUAAAAAACACACACCACCCUGGGGAAAUGGUAGAUCCAAAUUAAAUGGGGGCGAGGGGGGUUUAUGGGAUGGGAUUUUAAUGGGGACAACAUUGUGUGGAUGGUGAACAAAACUUCUGUAGAUGAGCGCAUCAUGUCUCCAAUAGACUGCAAUGUGGAAGCUUCCCCCCCAACGUUUUCUUCUGAAUAUGGGGUAAGAUAAAUGCAAGGAUUGUGGAGUCUUUGGGGAGCUUGUCAACCAUUCUUGACCCUCGUAAUAACUCCUUGUAAACUUCCAGAAAAGCGCACAGGAACACAGAAGACAUUCUACAAAUAUACAAUAUUAAAGGUGCCCUUCUCUCUUUCUCUCUUAAACACAGCCCUUGCUGCCUUGAUAGAUGAUUGUCCUGAAAAUAGUAAGUGCAGUAACUUCAGCACUUUAGGGAAUGUCGAGAUCGAACUCUUCAAACUCACCUUAGGCCUCGGUGACCUGGAGAUCCACGAGGAUGCAAAAUACCCCAUUCUGUUUCUGCUGCUCCGCAUCUCCUUUGUCAUCUUGACCUUUGUUCUCCUCCUUAACAUGUUGAUCGCAUUGAUGGGGGAGACGGUGGAAGAUAUAUCUAAGGAGAGCGAACAUAUCUGGAGGCUUCAGGUUGGUUUUCCCAUUACCACUGGCGGGGGGGGGGGACAUAUCCUUCCAGUCAAAAUCUAAACCAUGCCUGUAAACAGAAUGUCAGCUGACAGCGCCAAUCAGCUGAUCGGCACAGCUAGUUAGUCCUCUCGCCUUAGCAUGGGUGAUCUCAGUGGGGCUCAUCGUCAGUCCUCGACUAGCUAGUGGCUUCCGUUUGCAAAGGAACAAUCAAGUAUUCACUUCAAGCUCCAAAUCCUUUUUGCAGUCAUGUAUGAUAUUUGGUGUGGGGAAUGCAGACUUUGUUUGGAGAAAACAGGUCAAAACAGGCCCAUGCUGGGCCUAAUGCGGGUUCCCAUACCUGCUGUAGACCAAGAGUGAGCACACCUUAUGUUUGUGGGAUUUCUUUUUGACUAGAAGUAUGAAAUCCACCCACCGAUAAGCAUUCUUAAAAGUUUUUGGGUUUUUUGUUUUUACAUUAUCUGGUAACAUUUUUCUUCUUACCACCAGAGGGCAAGAACUAUUGUGGAAACAGAAAAGAUCCUGCCAAAAUUCCUGAGGAGAAAAUUCCAGCUUGGAGAAUGGUGCAAAGUGGCAGAGAAUGAUACCAGGUUAUGUUUAAGGUAAAUCAGAUGUUCAGAAAUGGAAAAAGCUGCUCUGUUUUGAUAACUGUGUCCUAUUAGAGAGAGAAAUGAACAAGCUCUACAUGGCAUGUUUAAGGGAUCUGAUAGUUUCCAAGCUGCUCUUUUAACUGUGCUGCCACUGCAUCAAGGCUUCUGGUCAUGGUGGCUAUGUUCUACCUCCACUGAUGUCCCAUAGGGAAAAAUCAAAUACGUCCAUCUCUACAAACUGAAUUCCAAUCUUGUAUAAAAAGUGAAACUAUGCUCUGAACCAGUGGUGGCCAAUCUGUGGCACUUCAGAUGUUGUUGGACUCCAACUCCCAGCAGUCAGCAUCGCCAAUGGUUAGGGAUGAUGGAAGUUGUAGUCUAGCAGCAUAUGGAGGGCCACAGGUUAGCUGCCCCUGCUCAAAAUAUGACAUUACUUUUUUUUAAUAAUAAUAAUAAUAAUAAUAAUAAUAUCUUUAUUGUCAUUGCCCCCUUCGGGGACAACGAAAUUACUUGACUGCUCCAUAAAAACUCUAAUUAAUCAAUACAGUAUAAUACAGCAAGGGAGAUUAGAUGACUUUCAAAGUCCGGGCUUCCCAUUCAGGGCCGAGAUCGCUCUGGAGAAGAAGCUGUUCUUAAGACAGCUCGUUCUUGUCUUCAUCGUCCUGUAUCUCCGUCCCGACGGCAAGAGCUCGAAGAGACAGUGACCAGGAUGCAAUGGAUCUUUUACUAUGUCCAGUGCCUUCCUAUGGCACCUUGUGGCAUAAAUCUGCUCUAAGGUGGAGAGUGGGCAGCCAACAAUGCUCUCUGCUGCCUUAACAACCCUGCACAACCCCAUCCUGUCCUGGGUAGUACAGCUUCCGUACCACACACAUAAGCCAUAAGUGAGCACGCUCUCAAUGGCACAGUGAUAGAAGGCAAGCAGCAGUUUCUGCGGAAGAUGGUUUUUCCUUAGUAUUCUCAAAAAGUACAGUCUCUGCUGCGCCUUCUUCACAAGCCCCCUUGUGUUGACACUCCAGGACAGAUCCUCUUGUAAUUCAAUGCCCAAAAAUCUGAACGUUCAUAUACUGAUUAAGUGUGCAUCAAUUAAAUGAAUACUGAGCCCUGAUUAAAAAUCUGAAAACAUGAAGUGUUUCUGUCAUGGUGUAAAAGAUGAAUCAUUAUAAUGUGUGAAUUCUCUAACUAGGAUUAAUGAAGUCAAAUGGACUGAAUGGAAAACACAUGUUGCAUUCAUCAAUGAAGACCCAGGUCCAACAGGUAAGAGUCAUUUAUAAUUUUGGGGGUAAUAUUUUUUUUAAAAAGCUUUGUGGCCUUUUUGUCCUGUGUGUCCACACACACUCUAGGGGAAGGAACCUCAGGACCAGGGGCUGACUGAAAUGUGGCCCUCUAAAUCUCUCCAUCUGGCCCUUGGGGCUCUCCCCAGCCCACACUCCUUACUGAGUCUUGUGUUCUUGAUGUGUGAUAAUGUCUUACUUGCCUGCACGGGGGAUGGAGAGAUGUAUGGGCGUACGUGUUAAACCUCUGACAUUUGCACAACUGGAGUGUAGCCUCCCAUCCAAGGAAAAGAGUCACAUUUGUUGAUCCACCUAGUUUUUCCUCUGGUUCCACCCACCACUGGCAUGUAGUUAAUUUCACUGCACACAGGUGGUAUAGUGACAAUAAAGGUUUAUUAUUUCUUAGUAGUGGUUCACUAAGUGGGGUGGGGCUGCUGUUGCUUACUAGGAGAGGCCAGGUGGUUGGCUCCAGUCCUACUGGGCCAGGUUACAAGGCCUUUAACAAAUUGGGUCCAGGAUACCUCAAAGGCCACCCAAUCACAUAUAUAUGUGUCCUGAUCACGUAGGUCUUCAAGGGGUGGGGUGGGGAGUCACAGUUGUCCCCCAGUGCCCGGAUGCACAGAUUGUAUCCACCAGGAGCCAUGGUUUCAGAUUGUGGGCCAAUUUUACAGAACUUCCUUCCAGCUGAGGUCAGACAGGCCCACUCCCUCUUAAACGCCCAGGGCCAACUGAAGAUUUUUUCAUUCUGGUAGGCAUGUUCAGUGAUUUUAUAGUUUUAACUGAGUUAAUAUUCCUUGUGUUGUAUUUUUGCAAACUGCUUAGAGACUGUUGUAGUUAAAUGGUAUAUAAAUUGUUUAAAUAAGUAAUAAAUAGUGCAAAUGCUCUGGUGCAGCAAAUCCAGUGCUCCUAACUAGUAUGUUUGCACGACAUCAGCCUCCUUGCCCAUCCCCUAUUGGUAAGCAACAGCAACCUAUCAGACAGGAAGCUAGCACAGAAGCUCCACCCUACCCAGUGCACUGCUUCUGGUGUAGACAAUGCCAACCAAGAUGUGUCAAUGAUCUCUGGCUAAGAAUAUAGCAGCUUCCCAAGCCCACUGUACACACAGAAGAUGGAUCACAGCCUCAGUGAAUAAAUGGGGCAUGUGCUGUUGUACUUACAUACACAAUUUUAUUUACGAAAGGUUUUUAAAUGAAUGUACUGGUGAGGUGGGGAAACAAUUUUGACUAUUUUUCUUUAGAUUACAGCAGAAUGCAUGACGCAUCAAGGAGUAAUAGCAAGACCACUCUGAAUACGUAUGAAGAAAUUUAUGAUUUGCCAGAAACAUCUGUGUAA